AUGGUUCCCAACGCUGACACUGACUCCCGAUUAACCUUUCAGGAAACGGAUGAGGCAGACAAUCCCACUGCCACAUACAUCUUCUCGGGACAGGAUACACACAAGUCGGCUUCCUCGGGUGGUGGAAGGAUCGAUGUUCUAAUUGACCUCGAUGUCAAACAGGACACAACCUCGGACCCCUCGUUAUGGUCCAUAAAACCGCUCGUGACCUACCUGAGUGAUGUGUUUCUUCCCUCGGGGUAUCCCCAGAGUGUGAGCGAUGACUAUCUACCAGCUAUAGCUAUCAAAUAUUUUCCUAACAACCACCUCCUCUCACAAAUAGGACUCCCUCCAAGCAUUCUGCAGCUCAAUAGCAGGACUCCUCUCCUCCCGCGCAGUCCUACAAGGUACGAUUGCCUUUCAAACUACAGAGUCGGCGUCGGCAAUGCAGAUGCCUCCCCAACAUCCGCCUUACUCCUACACAUCUUACAAGACACAUCCGGACGUAUAGCAACAAUUCUCUUCGCCCACCGCGUCGGCACAGCCCUCGAGCCAGAAUGCAAGACAUAUCGACUCGCGGCGGACGUUUUCAACGAUCUCGCCAUGAUCCUGGAUUGUCUGUCACCAAUGGUGCCGGCUGGGGUCAUGCGAGUAUCUGUUCUCAGUACUGCCGGCAUGCUGCACUCGUCGCAAGAGACCGUUAUCUCGCUGGUUGGUAUGUUGGUCGGUUCUGUGGUAGUAUCACACGUCACCGGAUUCACAACAACCUGGGUAGCCCUCCUCACCCUGCUAUCCCUCCAUCUCAGCCUCAACUACGCCGCCGUCCGCGCCGUCCAAAUGACCAGUCUAAACCGGCAACGCGCCAACAUCGUCCUCUCAACUCUCUUCGAGUCCGACACGGACAUCAGUCUCACCGGAAAAUCCAUAACCCUCAAAAAAGAAUCAACCUCGCAACCGGGUAUAUCCCAGCACCCUCAAACAGGCUGCUGCACGGUCCUCACCCCGGCGCAGGUCGCCUCCCAAGAACGCAUAUUCCACCAUGACAGCGCUCUACAGUGGACAUCUCGUUCCAGGAUUUCAACAACGUACCUAGGCAGUGCCGAGAUUGGUAUCUCGCUAGAUUCAUUCUUCAGACAUGCCCGGCGCUACAGCAGCCAAAAUGACCAGCGUAAAAGCGCCUCUUUCCAAACGGUUAUCCCAAUGACUCGCUUGACAACGCUCUUCGCGGACGAACCGUACAUUCUUUUCCUCUUCCCGUCGACGGCAGGGUCAACGUCAACAUGGCAUGCUUCCAUCCUCUUGAAGAAAGGGUGUACAGUGACAGCGCAGCUGAAGGGGUGGGCACACGCGCUUCUCGCGGCAAGGGAGUUGUCUGAAUCCUCUCUCUCUUCUUCUUCGAAAGAGACCGAUCAGGCUAAGGCGAGCCAGGAUGCCUUUGACGUUGUGGCGGGCGUGUUGGCCGUGCUGAAUCGUGGGGAUCGGUUUGGAGGGUAUGUGGCUGCUUUGCAGGCGGCUGGGUGGGAUGUUGAUGUUGGGGCGUUGGAGACUAGGGGUGGGAGGAGGGUUAGUCUAGAUUAG